AUGAGGACAGGAGGACAGGAGGAACAGCCAGGUGUCUGGAUGAUGAUGAUGAUGGUGGAGCGGGAGAUAGCCAUUCUGAAACUCAUAGAGCAUCCUCACGUUUUAAAGCUGCAUGAUGUCUAUGAAAAUAAGAAGUACCUGUACCUGGUGCUGGAGCAUGUGUCUGGGGGAGAACUGUUUGACUACCUGGUGAAAAAGGGCCGGUUAACACCUAAAGAGGCCAGAAAGUUCUUCAGACAGAUCAUCUCAGCCCUGGACUUCUGCCACAGCCACUCCAUAUGCCACAGAGAUUUGAAGCCUGAGAACUUGUUGUUAGACGAGAAGAACAACAUCAGGAUAGCAGACUUUGGCAUGGCGUCUCUGCAGGUCGGGGACAGUCUGCUGGAGACCAGCUGUGG